GCGUUACCAUGGAAACGACGUUCAGACCUUUUGGAUACGCAGAACAGCAGCUAACAGCUAACAUUAGCCUACAUUCUGUUUACUAAAUAUUUAAUAUGAUUUCCUGCGUUAUAUAUUAAAAGUAGAGGCUCUUCUUCCUCCACAGUCUCCCCGUGUUUUCUGUGGAGUUAGCAUUGGUUAGCCUCGGCAGAAGAGGUGUCUGUCUAACGAAGCUACUGCUUAGCUUAGCACAUAUUAGCUUAGCACGCUAACCGUUAAAUUCUAUAUUUUUCACCCGAAAAAGAGGCUCUGAAUCCCCGCAGGACCAGAGGAGAGGAGCUGGUGUAGCAUCCAGCUAGCUGGUGGUAAUACGGGAUGGAUGUGAGUUAACGGUCUGACCGGGUCUGUGAUUCUCUGGACGGCUAGCCUGAGUGUCCUGGUCCUGGUCCUUAUCCUUGCCCUGGUCCUCCUCCAGGGACCAGAGGAUGGUAGGGAUCCACGCGGCUGACUAGGCCCGUUUUCCGGGGAGAGAUGAGGCGGAGGCCCGCUAACAUCCGGAUCUGCUGAUCAGGAUGGAGUUGUGCAGUAAGAACCGCACUGCCCCGGUCCCGGAGGCCAGCCCUCCCCGGUUGGAGGGUCCCCUGUGUUCCCGCACUAACGGCUGGAGCUGGCCCCCCCACCCUCUGCAGCUGCUGGCCUGGGUGCUGUUCGGUUUCUUCGCCGUCACCGGGCUGGGUGUGUUCGUCCCCCUGCUGCCCCCCCACUGGGUCCCCGCCGGAUACAUCUGCACAGCGGUGAUGUUCCUGUCUCACCUGUGUGUUCACCUGUCGGCCGUCUCCAUCGACCCCGCCGACCUCAACGUGAGGACCAGGAGCAGCCGAGCACCUCCUCCCCCCUUCGACCGCUCCAAACACCGGCACGUCAUCGAGAACUCACACUGCUACCUGUGCCAGGUGGACGUGGGGGCGAAGUCGAAGCACUGCUCUGCCUGCAAUAAAUGCGUCUCCAACUUCGACCAUCACUGCCGCUGGCUCAACAACUGUGUGGGCAGCAGGAACUACAAGUUGUUCCUUCACAGCGUGGUCUCUGCUCUGUUGGGGGUGUGUCUGGUUCUGGUUCUGUCCUCGUACGUCUUCAUCGAGUUCUUCCUGGACCCGUCCAAACUGCGCACUGACAAACACUUCCUGGGGCGUAAUGAGACAGGUGUGUGGUUCGUCUUCCUGCCUCUCUCUCCUCUCCGCUCGGCAGCAGCAGUGAUUCCCUCUCUGGCCGCCGUCACCAUUGUCCUCUCGCUGCUGUCCUCUGUGCUGCUCUGCCACCUGCUCUGUUUCCACAUCUACCUCAUGUGGAACAGGCUCAGCACCUUUGAGUACAUCGUGAGGCAGCGUCACCGUCAGCAGGGAGGAGGAGGAGGAGGAGGAGAGAGAGCUCCGUCAGGACUCCUCACUAAGGAAGUGACCUCACCCGGGACCCUGGGCUACACCAACCCUCAGCUUGAGCUGCGGGAGCCCCCACCACAGGGGGAGGAGGCAGGGUUCCUGUCUAAUGGCAGAGUGAGGACCGUGUCCGGGGCGGUCGCAGAGAAGGACGCCCCCCCCACACUGUCUACGGAGCUGCAUGCUGCAGCACACACACAACGCGUACAGAAGAAGAAAAAGAGGGUCUGUAGAGUUCCUGCAGAGCUCAAACCCCCACCAGACCCCGGCAGUGUGUCCAGCGCAUCCAUGGCUCAGAGACUUCCUUUCCCAGCAUGUCCUCUGAGGGCCGCCCCCCCCCAGAGCCCUGUGCAGGCGGCGGCCCCCCCCUCUGAAUACCACUCGGACUCUGCAGAGUCUCUGGAGGAGAUCCCGGUUGUUCUGGUAAAACUGGGAUCCAGCUCCUCCCACCGGGUGCCACCAGCCUCCCCCGCACAGCCCCCCCGGCACCUCAGCAAGAGGAAGGCUGCCUCAUCCCGCCAAAAUAAGAGCAGACCUACGGACCUGAGGUUUGAAAGGGCCUCCACGCUGCCCCCUGUGGUGUUCGUCAGCCGGGGGGAGGGCCUGGGUCUGGGCAGGAAGCUGAGGCCGGGGUCCGGGGGGGGUUCCAGGUCCGGAUCUAGACCCAGGUCCCGAGUGUCACUGGGAUCGGUGAUGGAGCCGGGAACAUUUUAAUGUUUUAGAAUCAAACGUGACAAUCUUUAUUUAAUAUCUGAAGAACAUUUCCACCUCUUAAUUUAUUACUGUAUACAUUUUUAUCCUGAAGGCCAAAGGUGAGCUCGUCUGUGCACAAUCUUUAUGAGUGUGUGUGUGUGUGUGUGUGUGUGUGUGUGUGUGUGUGUGUGUGUGUGUGUGUGUGUGUGUGUGUGUGUGUGUGUGUGUGUGGCCCUCCAUAAGGACACUCAAUUGAUAGCAUGCUUUAAUGUCUCACUGCAGUUUAUAUUAGUUUAGUUGUAGAUCAUUGAUUAUGAAGAAAUCACUUUCUAUUUUUUACAUUUCCCUUUAAACCAAUCACAGGCCUCUCUUUGUUAAAGGGACAGUUCACAUUUCAAUUUGUGCAGAAAACUAAAAGCAUCUGGAAAGAUACAAAAAACUUUGGAUAAAAACGCCUUAAAUUUUACAUUAUGAUAACGGCUGUUUGUCAGUCUGAUCGUCUCCGCUGCACUCUUGAUGUUUGUUAUUUUUUUACACCUGUUUAUUAAUAAAAAACCAAAAGUGA